AUUGUUGUAUCCUGAUUGGUUGUCCAAUUCCUUCAGUUCAUUCCCGGGUUUUGGAGCCGCCACAGCCAACAUGAGCUCCGUCAUCGUUAAUACGGCUCCGACCGUGACCGUAACGAUCAGCAGCAGCCUGAACUCCUUUACGGCUGAGAAGAGGCUGGACCGGGGCCUCACUCUUGCAGAGAUGAAGUGUAAGCUGGAGCUUGUGGUGGGAUCUCCGGCAUCUUGUAUGGACUUGCAGCUGUACAACACCGACAACAGAUUUCUGCUCAACCUGGAUCAGGACGAUGCCCUCCUGGGAUCCUAUCCUGUUGACAAUGGCUGCAGGAUCCACGUGAUAGACAAGAGCGGAGCCAGAAUCGGAGAAUUUGAGGACCUUUCCAGAGUGGAGAAAUAUGAAAUAUCACAAGACGCCUAUGAGAAAAGAUCAGAUUCAGUGCGCUCAUUUCUCAAGAAGAAUAGGAUGGGUAAAUUUAACGAGGAGGAAACUGCCCAGAAGGCGGCGGAGCAACAGCGGAAACUGGAUGAGGAGAAAGCAGCAGCAGAAACCAUUAAUGUAGGGGAGCGAUGCGAAGUGCGGUCGAUAGGCCAACCCACCAAGCGGGGUACAGUUAUGUACGUAGGUUUAACAGAUUUUAAACCUGGUUACUGGAUCGGAGUUAAAUAUGACGAACCAUUAGGAAAACAUGAUGGCAGUGUUGAGGGAAAACGCUACUUCACAUGUCCUCUGAAGUAUGGUGCCUUCAUGAAGCCUCAGUUUGUAGUAGUUGGAGACUUCCCAGAAGAAGACUAUGGUUUGGAUGAUGAGAUGUGACCUCCCGCAAUAUCUCUACUUUUUGCCUCUUACCUUAAAUACCUGACUUGCCCCACCCAUAUCCCAGUUUUGUUUUCUUUGCCAUAUUGAUACAUAGUAUACAUCGUUCUCCUCCCGCGUGUUUUAGCAAAUAACUCAAGCUGGUAUCACACAUUUAGAAGAACCAUGGAAAAAAUUGGCUGCCAUAGUGAAGCAAUAUCUGAGGCAACCAUAUUAUGAUCUGUGCCAAAAAAACAGUAUGCAGGCCACCAGCAGUAACCGCGUCAUAGAGAAAGAAAUGUUAUAUACAGGGAUGUGUAUAUAAUUUACAUAUACUCUCUAUAUAGAACAUUUCCCACAUUUUUUUUAUGUUUACGAUGACCAAAUGUACAGUACAUGUUAAUUUAUUUAUCACUUUGCUAAUGGUUUAACUAAGUAGGGUGGUUAACCAGACUAAUUAGGUGGGCUUGUUAGUCUGAUUAGAUAGCGUUUUUAUUUUAUUUUUUUUGUCCAGGAAUUUUGUGGGGGUUUUCAAGUUAUAUCAUCUAGUUUCAGUGGCUAAGUUGGACAUGUUUAUUUACUGGAUAUCUAAAGCAGACACCAAACAACGGGUCCAACAGCUUUUUGGUAUUGGAGGCUGUUAAGCUGGGUUGGUUUAAAGUUAUCAGCCUAGUUCCCCUUGUACGUUUUUAUGUACUGUGUGUCGCCACAUGCCAAGCUUAAUAAACAAACAAAGCAGGAGCUGUA